GCCAUGAAGGCUGCUUUCCACCAUUUAGGACGUGGAAGCCAACACCAUGCGCCUGAAGGAGCAUGGGAAAGUGGUGCUGGUGCUGCAGAAGAACCUGCAGGGAGGCAGCAGCCAGCCGGCCGCGGCGCGGAGCAGCAGGUACCUGGUGAUGGCCGGGACGCCAGAGAAGAUCCUGGAGCACCUGCUGGAGUUCAUGAGGCUCGAUGCCACGCUCUACGACCCCGUGGACACUCUCCUGGGGGAUUUCCUGCUGACCUACACCGUCUUCAUGCCGACCUCGCAGCUCUGCAGGGCUCUGCUGCACCAUUUCCGCGCGGAGCCGCUGGAUGGCUCGGAGCAGGAGAAAGCCACCUACUCCCUGCACAAACGCCGCAAGAUCCUGCGCCUGGUGAGCCAAUGGGUGCUGCUCUACGGGCGGCUGCUGCAGGGCGACCGCAGCACCACGGCUCUGCUGCAGAACCUCGCUGACCUGGUGAGCCAGGACCCUCGGCUGGGGGCCAUGGUGCAGGAGCAGGAGCGGCGGCGGCCCCGAGCGAUGGAGAAUGGGGACGGCAGCAUUUCUCCCCAGCCCAAGUCUCGGAGCUCCGUGAGCUGGCUCUCCAGCCAGGACGAGGCAGCUUUGAGCAGCAGCUGUGCCUUGAGAGCCCAGGAUAAAGUGCCCUACGAGAUCUACAGGGCCGACCACUCGUGCCUGGUGACGGUGCUGCCCGUCAACGCGUCGGUGAGGGACGUGCUGCAGUCCCUCGCCCCACGGCUCGGCUGGGACGGGGAGCACCUCCUGGUGAAGGUGAAUUCAUCCGGAGAUAAAGUGGGGCUGCAGCUGGACGCCGUGGGGGUGUUCACCUCGCUGGGGCUCAACGAGCGGCUCUUUGCUGUCAGCGUGGAGGAGCUGGGCGGUUUGACCCCCCACCCCGAGCAGCUGGGCCCCCACGUCGGCUCCUCGGACACGUUGGAUCUCAUCAGCUCCAAGGACCUGGCCAGCCACCUCACUGACUACGACUGGAACCUCUUCAAGAGCAUCCACCAGGUGGAGAUGAUCCACUACAUCGUGGGGCCGCAGAAGUUCCACGAGGUGACGACGGCCAACCUGGAGCGCAUGAUGCGGCGUUUCAACGAGCUGCAGUACUGGGUGGCCACCGAGCUGUGCCUCUGCCCCGAGCUGGGCAGGAGAGCCCAGCUGCUGCGCAAGUUCAUCAAGCUGGCUGCACACCUCAAGGAGCAGAAGAAUCUGAAUUCCUUCUUCGCGGUGAUGUUUGGUGUGAGCAACACAGCCGUGAGCCGCCUUGCCAAGACCUGGGAGAGGCUGCCCCACAAGAUCCGGAAGCUGCAUGCGGCGCUGGAGCGGAUGCUGGACCCAUCAUGGAACCACCGGGUCUAUCGUCUGGCCGUCGCCAAGCUGAGCCCCCCCAUCAUCCCCUUCGUCCCCCUCCUCCUUAAAGACAUGACCUUCAUCCACGAGGGCAACCGCACGCUGGCCGAGAACCUCAUCAACUUCGAGAAGAUGCACAUGAUGGCAAAGACGGUGCGCGUCCUGCAGCGCUGCCGGGGCCAGGCACACGCUCCGCUGUCCCCGCUGCGGAAUCGCUCCCCGCACCGACCGGAGGAUGCCAGGGCCGUCAGGAUCAGCACAUGCUCGGAGCAGUCGCUGAGCGUGCGGAGCCCCGUCUCCACCUGGGCUUACCUGCAGCACCUGAAAGCCAUCGACAGCCAGAAGGAGCUGCUGCGGCUCUCCCGAGACCUGGAGUCCUGAUGGGCAGGAGGGGAACGGAGCCAGGACACAACGGGGACACGGGACCGUGCGUGCUGCUGGCACAGCAGCCCCACGGCUCUGCUAUGGGAGCCGGACACGGCCAUGAAGUCAGGAGCCCACGGGGGUUGUGGGCAGGAGAGGCCACGGACAGCAGGGUCCUCAGCCCCCACGCAGCGAGCAAUAGAGGUAUUUUUGUAUGCGA